CCCAGGCUAGGUGAAACUAUCCGGCCAUAGGCGGUUGACUGCUCCUGCCUCGCCUUCCGUGGUGGUGGGGGGGCGCCCUAGCUCCUCCUUCACCCCUCCCCCAGCAGCCCCCUUCUCCCUCCCCCACCCCACUCUGGGGUUGGAGUGAGUGCCAGCGUCCCGGGAGGCGGAGGCGAGAUUCGAGGUAGAUCCUGUUGCCAGCUGGCCAGCCCAGCGCCCUGACCAGCGCAGCACGGACCAUGGGCCUCUGAGAGCCGGCCCCGGGCGGGCCAGCUGCGGGCAGCUGGGCACAGCUGCAGGGCAGCUCCAUGCGGGGGUCCGAGCCAUGAGCAGCGGCCGCUCCGAGUUCAGCAUCGAUGAUGCCUUUGAAUUAUCUCUGGAGGAGGGGGGCCCGGGGCCCGGGGGGACCCCCCCGCGCUUUGGAGCGCUGCACUUUGAACGCAAAGGCCGGGGAGACGCGGAAGAAGAGGGCGAGAAACAGUCUCGUCUCAAGUAUCAGAACUUGGAGAAUGACGAGGAUGGUGCCCAGAUCCCCUCCGAUCCUGAUGGAGCUAUGAAGCUCAGCAGGGAUCCUGGGCGCUCCUCCACCCGAAGUUCUCAGUGGUCCUUCAGUACCAUCAGCAGCAGCACCCAGCGCUCCUAUCGUGCCUGCUGCAGCUGGACACAGCACCCUCUGAUCCAGAAGAAUCGCCGGGUGGUUCUGGCCUCCUUCCUGCUGUUGUUGCUGGGCCUCACACUCAUCCUCAUUGGGGUAGGACUCCAGGUGAACCCUUCUCCAGGUGUCUCUAGUGCCAUCUUCUUUGUUCCUGGCUUCCUGCUGCUCAUCCCUGGAGUAUACCACGUCAUCUUCAUUUACUGCGCUGUCAAGGGCCACCGAGGUUUCCAGUUUUUCUACUUGCCUUACUUUGAGAAAUGAGCCGUGAGCCUGCAUCUGGGAUGGAGCUCCCCCCAUCCCGCUGCUGCCUCAGCAGCCCGGAAAUGGACACAGCUGGCCAGAUCCUUGGAGGCCAGACAGCUCCAGGCUGGGCAGGAGGAAGAGGAUGGGGAA